GAUGCUGAAGAUAUUAGUCCAAGUGGAGACAUGGCGGUGUACUGCUGGGGAGACAGCUCCAGUGGACAGUUCGGUCCACAGAAAGCCCUCAGCCCGGCGGCCUGGACUGUUCCCGGGGUUAUAACCAACAUCUGCUGCGGGGACCAGCACACUUUAUUCCUCACCAGGGAUGGAGCCGUUUUAUCAUGUGGAAACAACUCACAGGGACAACUUGGACGAAAGAAACGCAAAGAUGGGAAGACAACAGGUCGUGUGGAGGGUCUGGGCGAUGUGGUGUCGAUAGCUUGUGGUCAAGACCAUUGUCUGGCUGUGUGUGCAUCUGGAAAGGUGUUCUCCUGGGGGGCAGGAGAGGACGGACAGCGAGGCAUUUUACCAAACCUACUGUGCAACAGAACAAGUCAUGUGCCGAUACCACUGCCUAUACCUGUAAUUCAAGUUGCUUGUGGGAACGCCCACUCCCUGGCACUGACUAAAGGAGGCGAUGUCCUCUCGUGGGGUUUGAACAGUAACGGUCAGCUGGGCCUGGGGAAGGAGGUGGCGCUCCAAUUGGUACCCGACCUGGUGGGCGCUCUGACCGGCGUAGCGGUGACCCAGAUUUCAGCCGGAGCGACCCACUCUCUGUUCCUCACACUCCCAGGCCUGGUGUACUGCUGUGGGGCCAAUAAAUCUGGCCAGCUGGGGCUCAACAGGGUGGAUGAGAAGGGCAGGUUCAACAUCUGUAUGGUACCUGCCCUCAGACCUCUGGGUGUCUCCUUCAUAAGCUGUGGAGAGGCACACUCUGCCGUGUUGACAAAGGAUGGCAAGGUUUUCACUUUUGGAGAGGGAAGCCACGGUCGGCUCGGUCACAACUCCUCUGCUAAUGAAUUGAUACCCAGACUGCUCGACGGUGUGGACGGACCCGCCUCCCAGAUUUCAUGUGGCAGACGUCACACUCUGGUUUUGAGCUCCUCUGGCCAGCUGUGGGCUUUUGGCGAUGGGGCCAAAGGUCAAAUUGGGACUGGACGACCAGAAGAUAGUCUGACUCCCACUCUGGUACAACUUCCAUGGACCACGGAAGAUGCAGCAGCCGUACCCAAGGACUUGAAAAUAUCCGCUGGGUGGAAUACAAACUUCACCUACACUUCACCAACACAGAGUUUGGACCAAGGACAGAUAACGGGACGUCUUGAUGAGACAAAACUGCAAAAAUGGCUGUCAAUGAGACUCGGCAACGUCGAGGCGAAGAGAGAAAUAUCUUCGCUGUUUCAGACAAGUACAAGUCUUGUUGCAAGUUUCACCAAAGCUGAUGGGCCUCCAUCAGAAGCAGGUGCCUUAACCGUGGACCUCGACGCAGCGAGCCAAGCUUUCGACCAGCUGCUGGCAAUACCAUGGAUCAAACAAUCAGUAAAUCUUCAACUCCUGAUUGGUUUGCUAUUUAAUUCAAGCGCUGUCCUAAAAUCACCAGAAAUCUUCCUGAUUCUGCUGACGUGUCCCCUUCUCCAAGAGGACUCUAACGUCAUGAACGGGGCGUUGACGUUGGCUGUCAUUAUUGCAAAUCUGCAUGAGAAGACUCUGGAAACACUAAGACGCUGGUGGUCUUCCCUGACACCCGUCAUACUAAUGAAGCACAUCUUGGUGUUCAAAAAGGCCCUGGCCUUCAUGCUGAAAAAUGGCCUCUUGGAAUCUCACAACCCAGGAGUCAAAUACCUGCUGGAGGUCCUCAAGCUACUCUACAAAGCAAACAAAGCCGGAAAGUCUUACAAAGUCCCACCGAGCACCUUUUACGUAGAGGAAAUCAGUGAGAAUGUGCGGCUGGACGGAGACGUCAGUCUUUGGUAUACAUUUUCUAAAGAGGAGGAUGAGGACCAAAUACCCGCCAUUUUCUGCCGCUACCCAUUCCUGUUCACUCUGGUGCAAAAGGCGGCGGUCUUUAACUUCCAUGCUUGUGUCGAGAAGAAUGUGCAACAAUUCGCUCAUCGCAUGGCUUUGCUGUGUCCUGAUGAGUUGAACUUAGAUAGCGGAGAAUCGGCCCCGGCCCCGGUCUUCCAGCUAUCUCUGAGACGAACUCACCUGGUCGAGGACACCUUCAGACAGCUCGGUGCAGCCGAUCACUGCGCCUUCAAAAGGGAGCUUUUGGUGCAAUUUGUGGACAACAGGAAGAUAAUGAUGGUCAACAAAAGGGACUUCUUCCUGCAUGUGUUUGAUGAGCUGAUGGCUCCCGAGUCUGAAAUGUUCAUGUACAACGAGAACCAGACUCUGGCCUGGUUCCCUCCCAGGCCAAAAGUAGAGGAGAAGACUUACUUCCUGUUUGGCGUUCUGUGUGGCAUGGCUCUCUUCAACCACAACAUCGUCCACAUGCUCUUCCCACUGGUUCUCUUCAAGAAGCUGACUAAAGGCAAACCCUCACUGGACGACAUGAAGGAGUUUGAUCCCGUCAUGGCAGAGUCUUGGCGGUGCAUUUUGGAGGACUACUCUCCCGAUGAUGUCAAAGACCUGGGGAUUACUUUCGGAGUGUCCUGGGGCGGAGAGGCAGUUGAGCUCGAUCCGACAGAAACUGAAAAAGCUGUCACAGCGUCCAACAAAAAAGAGUACAUAGACGCCUACGUCAACUAUGUCUUCAACAAAUCAGUGGAGGGAGUGUUCGAAGCGUUCAAGAGAGGCUUCUUCAAGGUGUGUGACAUCAACGUGGUGGACUUCUUCCAGCCCGAGGAGUUGCAAGCAGUGAUGGUGGGAGAAGAAAACUACGACUGGGACGUGUUCAAGAAGAACACCAUUUACGAAGGAGACUACCAUGAAAGGCAUCCAAACAUCGAGACCUUCUGGCAGGUGUUUGAGAGUCUGACAGCAGAGGAAAAGAAGAAAUUCCUUUUGUUUCUCACAGGCUGCUACCGUGUACCCUUCCUGGGUAUGGAGAGCAUCAAGAUGAAAGUCGCCGUCUUGCCCGAUACCACUGAGAUCCAUUUGCCAGAAUCCCUCACCUGCCACUGUCUGUUAUUGCUGCCCAUCUACCAGAGAUACCCAGUCGAGAGGACAAUGCGCACCAGGAUUCUUCAGGCUAUUAAUCACAACAGAGGAUUCUGGAAGAAAGUAGGCUUUACAGAAUGAAGUCUCCUUUCUAAACUUUGUGUUUGCACGUUCACAGAAGUAGAUCAGCAGACCAUGUUCUGUCAUUUAGUAGUUUGAGAAACAGUAAUGCCUGUAUUUGUUUUUAAAUGCUGAAGUCUCUCUAUUGUUAAAUCUUAUCUUCAGCACACUGCGCUGCUUGAGUCAUCAAACUAUUACAAAGAAUUAUAACAAGUGUUUCAGCAUAUACGUUCAGGUAGGAAAGAUUGAAAAGAAGUAAAUACAUCCUGACACAUCACAUACGGGACCUUUAGGUGGAUAUUGGGUCAAAACGUCAAAAUCUUUCUCCGCUAAAUAUAAAGUCUGUAGUUGCCACAGCUUCGAGUCACUGCUACACCUCUUCUGAGCUUUAUUCUUGUAUGAUACCAUUACUUGUUGACACUUUAUUAUAUCAUGACAUUGUUAGCAUUAUGAACUUUAUGUUCUUGUUAUACAAGCUUAAAUCUUAAAUAAAUACUUUGCAUGAAAUGAAGUAAAUAGUCAAAUGUGUGUUAAUAAAAAUAAUGUAUUUUCUUGCCCUCUGCACACUAAAUAAACGUCUAUAUUCAGUA